AUGUUCGGUCUAUUAAUCGUUUGCUAUCUUUUACAUGUAGUUAAAUCCGGAGAUCUCUCAGUAAAUAUCGUGGAAUGUAGAAAUGCUGGGCCAAUGUUCAGACCAAAAGAUGAAACUCUGUGCGUUGCAGUUUUCAAUCCUUUGGGAAGCGAUGCAGCAAAUAAUGCAAAUCCAGCAAUGACGUACAAGGUUAAUGCAAAUUGUGAAAAUGCUACACUAAAAGCAAAUGCUCUCGCGCUGUGCCCAUCAUCUUGUGCACUGUGCUUUUCAACUGCUGGUGCUGAUUGCACACCUUUCACUAUCAGUCAGGAUCUGUGCACAAAUUCACAAACUGCUGCAGCAGCAUUAGCAAACUGUCCUAAAGCCUGCGGUUUAUGUAAUAGACCUGGUGCCGGUGGUCGUUGCCCAAACGCUGUUACAAAUUGUGCAACGCUAUUGCCAAUUGCAUGGAGACAUGCAGGAUCACAACUUGUUUAUGUGAGUUCCACAACAGGAGGUGCGUCAUCAUCAUGUAGUGACGGCCGAGCCAACUGUGCGCAAAUGGCUUCGUUCUGUAAUGUACCACCAUAUUCCGAAGUGAUGAAAGAACAAUGCAGAAGAACAUGUAACAUAUGCCGUUGA